UCCUCGCUGCCAAUCGUUCUGCGCAACGAGGCCAACCUCCAAAGCCCAAUUCGCAUCGGCCAAAGAUAAUCUUGCACGUAAUCAUACACUAAACGAUUACUACAACAAGGAAUCGUGCUUCAAUCGUCGCUCCUUAAUCCUGCAAGCUCAUAAUAGCGGUUAGCGCACUUGAGGACACUUCGCUAAUAAUUCACAACAUUCACUGCCAGCUUACUGAAAAACGGUUACUAGAAGCCGCUGCGGAGCGAUAGAGGGAUGUUGUCCGCGCAAGCGUCGGCUCCGCCUUUGGCGUCGCGCGCACGGUCACUUGCAUCUCAACCUCGGCCUGGCAGACUCCUUGCGCCCAGGCGCAUUGGUCGCGCAAAGCAGCUCAUUGUUCACGCGGGCAAAACCGAUGGCGGACGGCAGCCCUGGGACCUGCCGCGGUUCAUCAGAACCGUCGCAUUCUUCAAUGAGCUGCCCACUCCCGCCAAACUCCUCAACAAUCUUCUGCGCCAGCUGACGCCACAACCCCAGGGUGACCCCAGCGUUGUCCCUGUGGAGUCGCCUCCGCCCACCACCACUACCGCCACCACCGCAGCAGCAGCUGCCCCCCAGGUGCCCGUGGCGGGAGUCAUCAUGGUCACAGGCGCCACGGGCGGUGUGGGCCGGCGGGUGGUGUCCCGGCUGCUGGCGGCGGGCAAGCACGUGCGGGCACUGGUUAGGGACCUGGACAAGGCGCGGCAGCUGCUGUCCGAGCUGCCGGUGGCCCCCGGGGGCCGACUGGAGUUGGCGGCGGCUGACAUCGUGCAGCGGCAGACGCUGCUGCCAGAGAUGUUCGAGGGUGUACGAGCGCUGGUGAGUUGUACGGCAGUCAAGGUUGCCCCCAAGGAGGGCGACACGGCUGACCGAGCCAAGUACUACCAGGGAAUACGGUUCUACGACCCGGAGGUGCUCGGGGACACUCCCGAGUCAGUGGAGUACAUGGGGCUGGUGAAUCUGCUUGACGCGGCGACGGAGCAGCUGGGAGUGCGGGGUGGUGUGCGGCUGCUGCACCCCUCGGGCCAGUCCGCAGCGCGCUGGGGGGCGCUGGACGACGUGGUGAUGGGCGGAGUGAGUCGCAGCGACAUGCGGCAGGAGGAGGGCGCGGGGGAGGGCGGGGAGGCGGCGUGGGUGUUCAGUGGCAAUGUGUCCACGGAUAACUUCGGCGGGUUUGCGUCCGUACGAACACGCAAUCUGGAUCCGCCCCUAGAUCUGUCGCCGUACGAGGGCAUCGAGCUGCGACUGUACGGAGAUGGCCAGCGCUACAAGUUCAUCCUGCGCCCUGACGCCAACUGGGAUGGCAUCGCCUACUGCGCCUCCUUCGACACCGCGCCCGGCACCUGGCAGACCCUGCGCCUGCCCUUUGCCGCCUUCACACCCGUGUUCAGGGCGCGAACGCUGUCGCCGGGGCAGGCGGCGCCGCUGGACCCCGCAGCCAUCAGCUCCGUGCAGAUCAUGCUCUCCAAGUUCGAGUACGACGGGCAACUCAAUCCCUCCUUCCGUCGGGGGGAGUUCCGACUGCCCCUGUCGUACAUCACCACCUACCUGCCGAGUCAGGUACCACCUCGGCUGGUCCACGUCAGCUCGGCAGGCGUCACCCGCCCCAACCGGCCGGGCAUCAACCCCGACCAGGAGCCGCCCGCCGUGAAGCUGAACGACGCACUGGGGGGCAUCCUAACCUGGAAGCUGGCAGGCGAGGACGCCGUACGUUCCUCCGGUGUGCCGUACUGUGUGGUCCGCCCCACCGCGCUGACGGAGGAGGCGGGGGGAAUGCCGGUGGAGCUGGAUCAGGGGGACACGGCCAAGGGUAAGAUCAGUCGUGAGGACGUGGCGGACCUGUGUGUGGCGCUGCUGGGCUGCUCCCCCGCUGCCGACCUCACCUUUGAGGUGCGGUCUACACUGCCCUUCUCGAGGACUUGGACGCAGCAGGACGCAGAGCAGGCAGCAGCGGAGGCGGGCACAGCGACACAGCAGCAGCAGCAGGGGCAAGGGCAGCAGGGGGCGGCCCAGGCAGCUGUCAGCAGCAGCAGCGGCAGGGUCAGGGACUGGUGCGGUGUGGUGGCGGCUGCGGGGCUGCGGCGGGGGGUGACGGGGCGCACCGUGGCGGGGGUGUACACGGGGCGGCAGACGGAGGAGGAGGCGCUGCAGGCGGCGGGCGUGCAGGCUACUGCUGCUGCAGCGGAGACCUCCUCUACGCGGGCGGCAGCGUAGAACCAAGGCGGCCCUUGUCAUGGCGGUGAAGGUGGUGGUGGUGGUGGCGUCGCUGCUGUUGCUGCUGCAUGCGUUUGGCAGUGGUCGAGUGGCAUAUCGUAUGGCACGUUUGCAAUUGUCCGCACAACACACAGCGCAGCGUUUUGGUGCGGUAGGCAGGGACACGAUGCGUCCUUGGGAUAUCGCUUGAACAACAACGCAUGAGCAGGGACGCCGUUUAGUGAUGAAGUAGCAGCAGCAGCAGUGGGGCCGGAGCGGCGCUUGUGGAGGUUGGAGCGAGUAUGUGGCACGUGUCGGG